UUCUUUAGAUCUGCGUCAAGGCUUCCCCAUCCGUCCGGCUUUUCAUUACACACCAAAACCGCGGCGGCGGCGGUCCAGCCUGCGUUGCUCCAUAGCUAGCCACGAAAGACCAAAGAUCUCGUCCCCGAUUACUGCUUUUGUCGGUAAUAAAUCCUCGCUUGAACCAUUCCUAGCUACAGAUCCCUCCACCAUGCUGUCGGCCGGCCACCACCUCCUCCUCCUCCUCCUCUUGGCUAUUCCUCCUCUUCUUCGAGCACAGUUGGAUUACCCGUCCGCCAAUCUCUCCACGAUAUGGACCAACGACCCCUCUCAGCUGUCGCACACCGUCAACUUCAUAGACGGCUCCCAGGUCCGCUCCAUCCUCCUCCGCAUCAGCCCCAGCUUCUUCGGGCCCACCUUCGCCUGCGGCUUCUUCUGCAGAGAACCCUGUGUCGCCUUUCUCUUCGCCGUCUUCGCCGUCUACACCAACAGCGGCGGCGGAAUCACCCUGCCCACCUUGGCUUCCCCCCAGGUCGUCUGGUCCGCCAACCGAGACCGCCCCGUGGGCGCCAACGCCACACUCCAUUUCACCGCAGGCGGCGACUUGGUUCUCCACGACGCCAACGGCACCACCGUUUGGUCCACCGGCACCUCAGGCAGGUCCGUUGUCGGCAUGAACAUAUCAGUGUCUGGAAAUCUCGUACUUUUCGAUCAAGAUGGCAAGCUAGUCUGGCAAUCCUUCGAUCAUCCAACGGAUUCGUUAUUACUCGGGCAGACACUCAAAGAGGGGCAGAGGCUUGUGGCCAACACCUCCAUGACCAAUUGGACGCGAGGUCAGGUAUACCUCACCGUUCUUUCCGAUGGCUUGUAUGCAUUUGUUGAUUCUACUCCUCCUCAACUUUACUACCAGAAUAAGAUUAGUAGCAAUAAAGCAACCAAAAAUUCAACGCAUAUCAAGUACCUCAAUGGCAGCCUUGUCGCCCUGUCUACUGAAUCGAAUAACUCAGACCAAAUGAUUUCAUUGCCUUCGGCACCGUCGCUUCAGUUCUUGAGGUUUGAGUCCGACGGGCAUCUUAAAAUUUAUGAAUGGAGGGAUGAACCGAGCCAGGGUUGGCAGGUGAUAGAUAAUCUUCUGCAUUUGGAUGAUUGUGCUUACCCGACUGUCUGCGGGGAGUAUGGAAUUUGUUCUAAUGGACAGUGCAGCUGCCCUAGUGGAGCAAAUGUGAGUUCGAUCUACUUCCAGUCGGUCGACGAUAGGCAAUCUGGUCUCGGUUGCUUCCCUGUGACUCCUCUAUCUUGCCAAUCCAUGCAACAACAUAGCCUUUUAGCUGCUGACAAUGUUUCUUACUUCAAUUACAUCGACAGUGAUGCUGCAGCACUUGAAGGAAUCGAUGAGGAGCGCUGCAAACAAGCAUGCUUGAAGAAUUGUUCUUGCAAAGCUGCUCUUUUUCAGUAUGCUGCAAAUGUUUCAAAUGGCUACUGCUUUUUGCCAUCACAACUUUUUUCGUUGCAGAACAACCAGCCUUCAAUAUCUCACUAUAAUUCAUCUGCAUACAUUAAGGUGCAGAUGACCACUGCAUCUCCUACACCUGAUAAUUCAGGCAGAAACACCACCACCGGAAAUAGGAGCUAUAGUGUUGGUGUUAUAUUAGGCAUUGUUGGAGCUGUGCUUGCGGCAUUUCUCAUAGGAGGCAUCAUCAUUGUGUUUGUUCGAAGAAGAAAGUCCACGGAGGAAGAAGAGGAUGACUUCCAGCAAGUUCCGGGAAUGCCAACACGGUUUGCUUUCGAAGAGCUGAAAUUGGCGACGGAUAGCUUCUCCAAAAAGCUUGGCCAAGGAGGUUUUGGAUCUGUUUACGAGGGGAAGAUAGGUGACGAGAAGAUUGCAGUGAAACAAUUGGAUGGAGUCGGCCAAGGGAAGAGAGAAUUCUUAGCAGAAGUUGAGAUAAUUGGUAGUGUUCAUCAUAUCAAUCUGGUAAGGCUAAUUGGCUUCUGUGCAGAGAGAUCACAUAGGCUCCUGGUUUAUGAAUACAUGUGCAAUGGAUCGCUCGAUAGGUGGAUCUUCAGCAAAGGCCAACGCGGCACUCUCGAUUGGCAAACGAAAUGCAAGAUUGUUGCCGAUAUAGCUAAGGGAUUAUCCUAUCUUCAUGAAGAAUGUAGGCAAAGGAUUGCUCAUUUGGAUAUCAAGCCUCAAAACAUUCUAUUAGACGAAAAAUUCAAUGCCAAGGUCUCUGAUUUUGGACUGUCCAAGCUCAUCGACAGGGAUCAGGAGGAAGUGAUGACCAGAAUGAGAGGGACACCGGGGUAUCUCGCACCUGAAUGGUUAACGUCAGUGAUCACUGAAAAGGUCGACAUAUACAGUUUCGGUGUCAUGAUCGUUGAAAUAGUUUGUGGAAGAAAGAAUUUGGAUUACUCUCAGCCAGAAGAAAGCAUUCAUCUGAUCGGUCUCCUGCAAGAUAUGAUCAAAUCAAAUCGAUUGGAAGACAUUAUCGACAGUCGUAGUGAUGAGAUGAAGCUGCACAAGAAAGAAGCCGUUGAGAUGAUCAAGCUAGCAGUAUGGUGCUUACAGGGUGACAGCAAUAGAAGGCCUUCCAUGUCGACCGUGGUAAAGGUUUUGGAAGGUGCAAGGAAUGUAGAAACCGAUCUGGACUAUAAUUUUUUCAUGAAUACUUCCAUAAUGCCAAAAAACGGGGAUCAUUAUGAUCACCAUUUAGAUGCUUCGCCUGCACCAUCUGCAUCCCUUUUAUCAGGUCCAAGAUGAACAUUGACGUAUUCAAGGCAAUUUAACUUGUGUUCAGCCAUGUAAUUUCUCGUUGAAGCCUGUCUAUACUGUGUUUUCUUUGAAUUAAAUGGGUAUUUUGGUUGUUCUUCGU